AUGGCAGCCAGAAUGUCUCUUUCCUCGUCUCCUCUGCUGCUUCGCCCUCGGGCUCUCGCGCCUCGCAGGCGCGGAACAUGCGCACUUGUGUCUCAAGGCCUUCGCCCUCAGUUUGUCUCCGACUGGGUGCCGGUGUCCUCUGUCUCUGCUGCGUUCCCCUGCACUCGUAAGCAUGUCUUUUUUGGCCUAGCUCGCCGAGGCAUCCCUCGCCAGCCUCGCUCGUUCUCUUCGUCUCCGAAACUGCCUGCGUCGCUCGCCUCGGUGGGGGCCUCCUCGCCGCUCCCGUCUCGCCAAGUCCCCCUCAGCCCCGCCUCACUUGCCUCACAGCCGUCCUUCCUUUCUUCCUCGCGAGCGCAAGAUGCCGAGAGAGAAGAUCACCUCCGCUUUCUGCGUCCCAGCGGGAGGUUUUUCGUCUCCGCUGGGGCAGGAGCGCCUGCGGGACAGAAGUCGCGAGACAGCGAGCAAACCCAGACAGGCGAAACACCGAACUUGCUGAAGAAAGACGGGGACGCGUGUGCAGGUUCAGACGGAAAGAAAGACGAGACCAACGCGAGCGGGGCAGAGCGGCGUGGCGCGGCGGAAUCUGAAGGCAACUCGACUUCCGCCGCGUCUCCGAAGGACACUGGCCACGAUCCGCCGUCUCCAGCUUCCGAGGCCGCGGCCUCUGCGGGCGCCGCCUCUGCCCCACCGGAAGGCUCUUCGCCCUCGCCUUCUUCGGCGCCAUCGUCUCAGAGUGAGGGCGAGAAAGAGAGGUCGGAAGAGAAGAGCGACAGCAAGUGGGGAUUUCGCCACUACUUCUUCUCCGCCCUGGGUCUUGGUCUUGCCGGCGGCUUCGUCUACGUCCUGGCAGAGAAUGAUUUCAACGUCGCGAAGGCCGAAUGGGCCGUCGGCGAGAAGAUUCGUGCACGAGUGUUCAAGUACACACGCACCGGUCCCCGUGAAGACGCCGCCGACCGCAGCAGAUUCAAUGUCGGACUUGGCGACGAUCUGCAGAAAGAGAUCGCGAUAUUUUUCCUCCAACUUGAUUUGGAUAAGCCCAACGGCGUGCGUCGCAGCGACGUCAUGGAUCUCGUCGAAAAGCUCGGCUUUUCGCCAUCAAGUGGAGUCUGCAAACUCUUCCUCGAAACCGGACAGGGACGCACUGCGGAUGUGAAGCGCGUCUCCGGCGUCAGUCUGCAAGAAUUCGCGGAGCUCCUUGAGGGUUUGAUUCUCGAAGAGGAAUUGGAGGCGGCCGUCGGGAAUUCGGCGCAAUCAGGAGUUGCCGGAACGGAAGAGAAUGUCGGCGAAGGCAGGUCAAGCGGAGACCCCGCCGGUUCGUCGUCGGAGUCGAACGGGACGCCCACGUCUUCUGAUCCGUCUCACGCCGAGGAAAAAAGAGGGACGGAGACGCCGCCGGCCAAGGCGAUGCAUGCUGGCGAGGGCAGUCUCACGCGGAAUCCAAGAGACCGCGUCCUGAGUUAUUUCCGGGAUGUCAACAGAACCACGACAGUGUUGAGCACCAUUCCGUCGUGCUACACGGAACCCGCAAACGCAGUUCCGCCCGCAAGCGAGGCGAAGGCUUCCUCAGCCGGUGAAGCACCCAGCGCCCGAGGUCUUGUGAACCUCGCGGGUCAGGCGUCCGCUCUCGGAGACGCCUCAGGUGGAGUCAGUGGUUCCGCUGGACAUCAGCAGAACGGGCACGGCAAAGGCGGAGUGGAGACGGACAGUCAAGCAGACGAAUUGCAGCUUUUGCAGCUGCAGCGUGCCCGCGCAGAGAAGUUGGUCAAGGAUCUCAGCGCUUUGAAGGCUCGACGGGGCCUUUCGGACGCAGAGAACACGCGUCUCGAGGACGCAGUGUCAGAAGUCAAGACGGUACAACAGGAGAUCUGGAGACACGAAGCUGCUUCAAGUCGAAAGUAA